AUGUUCUCUUCGGUUCUCCGCUCCACGUCCCGCCAGCCUCUGAGCAGCGCUGCUUCCAUGACCGCGAUGGCAUCUGCUUUGGGCCUUGCUAGCUUUUCGUCUGCUGCGCAUAACGCCGAGGAGCCUAAGGUGGCGCUGAGCCCCAAGGAGUUCCGCUCCUUCAAGGUGACCAAGGUGGAGGAAGUGACCCACGACACUAAGCGUCUGGUCUUCGCCCUGCCUAGCAAGGAGCACGAGAUGGGCAUCACUGUCGCUAGCUGCCUGAUGGCCAAGGCGAGUGUUGACGGCAAGAACGUCGUGCGCCCGUACACUCCCACCAACACGAACGCCGAGAAGGGAGAGCUUGAGCUUGUGAUCAAGGGCUACCCGACCGGCAAACUGAGCAAGCACAUUGUUAACCUGAACGUUGGCGACGAGCUGGCCAUGAAGGGCCCGUUCGUCAAAUUCGAGUACAAGCCCAACCAGUACAAGAGCAUCGGCUUCCUGUGCGGCGGCUCCGGUAUCACCCCCGCUCUGCAGGUAGUUAAGGAGAUCUGCCGUAACCCGGACGACUCGACGCAGGUGGUGCUGAUCUUCUGCAACCAGACGGAGAAGGACAUUAUCCUCCGCGAUGAGCUGGAUGCUCUGCAGUACAUGUACCCGCAGUUCCAGGUGCACUAUGUGCUGGACAAGGCUGAGGCCAACUGGGAGGGUUACACGGGUUACGUUACCAAGGAGCUGAUCGAGAAGCUGCUGCCCGGUCCUUCGGACGAGAGUCUGAUCGGCGUGUGCGGCCCGCCACCGAUGAUGGACGCCAUCUCGGGCAACAAGGCCCCCGACCGGAGCCAGGGCGAGCUCAAGGGUCUGCUCAAGGAGCUGGGUUACACCAGCAGCCAGGUCUUCAAGUUCUAA